AUGGAGGAGCCUUCUCCAGCGAAGAGACGUCGAGUUGAAGAUGAAGAAGGAAACAAAGAAAGGCGGGAGGUCCUUGUGGCGAGUCUGCGAAAACUCGCCGACGCUAUAAACAAAGCGGCGGAGGAGACGGGGUCGGAAUUCCAAGCCGAUGACUCACCCGUGGACUUUGAGAAAUUCUUGAACACCCCAGGGGGAAAGGGGAUACGGCGUCUGUGGUCCCACGUUGCCAGCUACGAAGAGUGUCUGCGAUCCAACGGCGUGGGGACGUACGCUGAGCUUGAGAAGCUGUGGGAGAGCCAAUACGGUUCCCAAGACGUUCGAGAUGCGGUGGAAGAGGUUUUAGAUGCGGAAGAACGACACGAGGCGCUGCUCAAAGACGUACAAAAAGAGUUUGUGAAGGCGCAUAGCGAACUUCAGCUCAAGGAAAUAGGGGACGCUUUACCUGGGGAUUUGAAAGUCGCAGACGGAAGAACAAAGGAAGUACAAGAGAUCCAGAGCUACUGGGAAGGCUCGAAAUUCACUCUAUUUGUCCUCCUGCGUCACUUUGGAUGA